AUAGACGUCCAAUUACACUAAGAGAUGACAUCUGGGGAACUACAGCAGAUAAAUAAGGUGAAAGAAAAGACAAGAUUCAGUCACCUCAGACAAACUCCAAAUAACCAGCGAACCACUGAUAGACAGAUAGGAGAGAGAGGGAGAGGCAACGGAAAGAGGGAGGGGGCCAAAGGAGAGGGAGCCACACACGGGAGGAAAGAAGAGAGGCAACGCACCGCUCCAGCAUUCAGACUCUGAGAGGCAAGGACAGAGGACAGACAGGGAGCUCAGCCCACUGACAGACGCACUACAAGAGAGGGGAGAAAGACGAGAGCUCGCGGGGGUCAGAUACACACUCAAGUAACUUCAAACCAGCUCAGACAAAACAAGAGAAACAAAGAAAGAAAAGAAGAAAGUCUGGAUUCUGUGACGCCUUCUUUUUUUCCUUUUUUUGGUGGCCUGGACACUUCAUAAGAAACAGCAUUUUUAUUUUAUUUUUUUCUUGCUUGUUUUAUUUAUUUAUUUUAUUAUUAUUUUUUUUUACUAAGCACUUUGCCAUCUUUUUUUCCUAACCUGCUUCUCCUCCAACCAGGACUGAGGGGGGAUAAAUCGUCUGGGACGCGUGUGUUCGUGUGUGUGUGUUUGUGUGAAUGAACUGAUGAUGUGUGUUUUUGUCUUUGGAUGUGAACUUUAAAAUGGGAUUUUGAGUGAUUUUGAGAAACCAGGAGCAGAGAGUGGCAGUGUCAGGAGGAGAGGUAGGAGGAGGAGGCGAGAGGUCCCCGAGGAGCGCGCCUAGUAGUUCUCAUUGUGAGGUGAUCUGAGUUAUGGUUGUUGACACAUUCCUGUGACGAUUGUGAGGAAUAAACAGCACCGGGGGACUACAGCGGCGUCAGCCACAGCGCUGCGGGCUUCACCAUUACCCCCCGCUACAUCAACGUUUAUAUUCCUGAUCAACCUACAUCUGCCACAGCAAGUCGCACCAUCUUCAUCCCAGCUGUUCUACAGGUUUUAACACCUACAGUCCCAGUGAGGCUGGGGUUUCCCAAACAGAGGAGGUUUAGUUGGGGGGAGUUUCUCCCACUCUCAUUCCCUUUCCCUGCACCAGCUCAGCAUGCCCCAGCCCCUGAGCACAUCCACAGCUCUCCCAGCUCCACUACCAUGUGUAGAUGGACAGUGACACAAGGUGCACCGGCCGCCUGGUUCUCCUCCUGCCCCUGCCGUAGACCUCCUUCACACCUCUCCCUCACCUUGCUGCUCUUGCUUCUCCUGCUCGGACCGUCCUCAUCCUCCCCGCUGUCCGCUUCGUCCGAACACGGCCGCAAUGCACCAGCAGGGACUUCUCCUCACUUCCUCAUCUCAUACCCACCACCCUCCUCAUCACCCACACCGCUUCACGCAUCCUCUGCAAGGUUGCCAAGGGCGACCAAUGUGUCAUCGUCGUCUGCGACGGUCGUUGGCCGGCACGUGCGAAGCAGCUACAAGCAUCUACAAGGGGACGUGCGCUGGCGGAAACUGUUCUCCUCCCAGAAAUUCUACCUUCGCAUUGGCGAGGAGGGAAAGGUUAACGGCACCGGAAACAAGGACGAUCCAUACAGUGUUUUGGAGAUCAAAUCAGUGGAUGUGGGUGUGGUGGCCAUCAAGGGCCUCAAAAGUAACCACUACCUGGCAAUCAAGAAGAAUGGCGUUCUGUAUGGAGCGAGAGAGUACGGCCCAGACUGCCGUCUAAUUGAACGCAUCGAGGAAAACAAGUAUAACACCUACGCUUCAGCUCAGUGGCUCAACAAGGACAAGCGCAUGUUUGUUGCACUGAACCCCAAGGGAAAGCCAAUGAAAGGAAGGAAGACACGAAGGAAAAACCCAGCCACUCACUUCCUGCCUAUUUUGUCAGAACAGCGAUGACUGGACAAAUCAGCAAAGGGAGAGCUCUGCAGAUUAAAGGCUAUUGGACGUUUUUUGGAGUUGAAGUGAUGACUUCAUUGGACAGAUUCAAGUCUGAACAGUAUGAUGCACUGAGGAGGAAAAGAAAGGAAACAAACAGACAUUUUAUCACAGUUGGUUAAAGACAUUUCUAUUUUUAAAGAAAGAAAUAAGAUAUAUCGCUAUACAAUGUACAUAUUAUUUUCUGUUUUAAGUUAUAAAGUACACUGGCACGGUAAAAUUAUGAAAAGAAAUGACUUCUGUGCCAAAAUGUGAAACGGUAACUCACAUUUUUAGAUUUGUGUACGUGUGAAGUCAGUGACUGGGGAAGAAAUGGCAAAAGAGAAAACAUGGAGGAAAACAGGGGAAGGCAGAGGAAGUAUUAGCAGAAAGCUGACUGAUAGAAGAAGAAGAAAAGAUGAGAUGGGCGGAGGAAAAUGAAAAAAGGUUGUGUUGUGUUUAGUCAAGUACCAACACAGCAGCAAGUCUAAAACUAUCAUGUUUCUUCUUUGAAUUUAUUUAUUUUGUGUAAUAUUUAACAAAAAAACCCUACAAAAAUACAAAAAAGAAAGUCUUUUUUUUU